UAGUUUGCUUCCUGAGAUAAACAUGUUCCAGGGGCCAUCCACUGUCCACAUAAAAAGACUUGAUUAGAUUCUACAUUUUCCUGUUUCUAAUCACAUAUCCUACAGUUAGGGGAAUCCAGGACGGGACGAACUUCAGCUGCGCUCUUGGAGAGUUUGGAGACCAGACGCCGGCUGUUCACCGCCCGGUGCGCGCGUUAAUUACAGCCACAACUGAGGCGAUUAUUAAGAGGAUCUGAAGAUGAACAACACGGACAUAUUUUGCAAAAACAACCAAACUCUGAACUUUACUGACCCGGCAUGUUCCAACUCAACCUCAAAAUCUUACAGCCACGUCGACAUCACCACUUUCAUGCACAUAUUUCCAACCAUUUAUGGCAUCCUGUGUUCGGUUGGAGUUAUAGCCAACGGACUGGUGAUCUACGCUGUGAAAGCAUGCAAGAAGAAAAUGGUAUCGGACAUCUACGUGUUGAACUUGGCAAUAGCCGACAUGCUGUUCUUGCUUGUGAUGCCUUUCAACAUUCACCAGCUGGUCAGAGACAGACAGUGGGUCUUCGGAAACUUUAUGUGUAAAGCGGUUGUGGUGGUGGAUGUGAGCAACCAGUUCACCACAGUGGGAAUUGUGACUGUGUUGUGCAUUGACAGGUACAUCGCUAUUGUCCACCCCACCUCGGAGAAGAGGACAAUCCAGUGGACUGUCAUCAUUAACCUGUUGGUGUGGCUGGGCAGCUUCCUCCUCACCGUCCCGGUCAUGCUGUAUGCCAAGGUUGUGCGCAGAGGUCAUUUGGAGGUGUGUAUGAUGUACCUGGACGGGCCUGAGGACAUGUACUGGUACACUCUCUACCAGUCCAUCCUGGGCUUCAUCAUCCCUCUCAUCAUCAUCAGCACCUUCUACUCCCUCACCCUGUACCAUGUCUUCAGCUCCAUCCGUCGGGUCAAACGUAAGCAAUCUGUUUGGGCUAAAAGAGCCACCAAAAUGGUCCUGAUGGUUAUCGCUCUGUUCCUGAUCUGCUGGUCGCCCUACCACGUCAUUCAGGUGGUCAACCUGACCAACAACAACCCCACUGUUGCCUUUGUGUACGCCUAUAACAUCAGCAUCUGCCUCAGCUAUUCCCACAGCUGCAUCAACCCACUCAUGUUGCUCAUCUUCGCUCAGAAUUACCGCGAGCGUCUUUGCCACAGAAACAAGCUGUUCAGCUCCCACUUAUCCAAGAUCACGGUGGUCAAAACGGAUGGUUCCAGUACCACCAAUGAUCCCAACUACCGCUGUACAGUCAUCUGAUAAGAAAUAUAUAAUAUUUCUAGAUAUAUAUAUAUAUAUAUGCACAUGUAAAUGUGAAUGGUGUUGCCUUGUGAAUAUUUUUCAGCUCUUUCAAGUAAAUAAGUCGGAAAAUGACGCUGUACAAAAAACUGGGUGUGAAACUUGAGCGGCAAUAUCAGUUUGACUGAAAAAGAAAAGUAACAUAGAAGUAAUGUCAAAGAUUUUGACAUCUGCAGUGCAAUACUGACUGACUCAAUCGCAGUCACAUGUAAUCAUGCCUCAAAAUAACAACCACCUCCUUCUGCUGAUGAAACCAGUGUCUGUCCACACGCCAGCUGCAGAACAAACUCUUCCCUGCAAGAAAGGGGGGCUCUGCUUUUCCCCUUCAGUCCUCCACGACCAUCUCUCUUUACUCAUACUUGAAGGAUGAACUUCCAUUUCACACAUCCACCCUCGUCUGAUGACUUGUUCUGAUUAUUAUGAUUAUUAUAUUAAGUGUUCAUCUACCUAGCACUUCGCCUCUUUUGAUUGACUGUUAUUGCAAACAGCAGAGAGGACAGUUAUUAUUACUUUUAUACACCUCACACACUUAAGAUCAACCUGCUUGCUCCACUCUUUCAUCUGCUUCAUUCAUUUACAUAACUUUCUUCUCUAUGCCUGCUUAUGUAUUUAUUAACCCAUCCCCAUUUGUCCUUUCCUCGUUCAGUGACGGAUUAAAUGUCCUUUUUUUGGUCUCAUUCUUUUAUCUUUCAAAAUAUUUAUUUUCUCAAUAUUUUCCCAGUUAUGGGUAAUAAGUUUAAGGAGAUUAUCCCCCAUUGUUGGCAAGGAGGCAGCACCUCUGGCUCAGCCGUUGUUUCCUCAGGGGGGAUUGUUGUAGUCUGUCCUGGCAGAUCCUGAAAGUUGUCUUAAGUAUCUGCAAGAGGCCAGCACUCUCCCAGGGGUCUAUGUACAGCCCUAAGCAAACCACAGUAAUAAAUAAUUGUGUGACUAGCGGUUCCAACCCACCUGACCUUUACAUGAGCUUUUGUACCCUGUACUGUCGCCAGAGGUGUCUUUUUUAUUUAGUCAACUUUAGUUUAUUUAUUAUUAUUUUAUUCUGUUUUUUAGUGUAUUUGCUCAUCCUUCCUUCUCUUUGCAUCUUCUUCUUUUCUUUUUCAUCAUAAAUGCACACACAUACAUGUUUUGUCCUGCAUAACCUCUCUUAGCGACUUUAACUGCCUUGCAUAUAUUAUCUUUAUUACCAUCAUCAUGAUAUCUAUAGUUUUAUUGUUUUUAUUUGAACGUAUUAAUUUAUUUUGAAUCGUUUCCUUCUUUUUGAAAAUGUUAUACGUGUUGCUUUUUCACCUUGUAUACUCCUUUCUAUGUAUUUUAUGUCUCUAUGUUCUGUCCCUUUGCACCAAAAAAACAACAACAAAAACAAAGGUAGUCAACAGAAACUCGAAGGCAAAAGCCACAACAUCUACUGCUCGGAGGGAGGAGAGGGACACUAAAAAGGAAGGCAACUAUCUCUGAGCUAAAACUAGAGGGAAUAUCAGCACUGACUUUCAAAGAUGCACAGAUGAGAAGGGACGCUGAGGAGCGACUCAGAUGUGGCUCUUUCUUUUCUCUUUUUCUUGUUUUCUUUUGGACUAGAAGCUUUCAUUAACUUCAUCAACCACAGGCUACAUCCAGUGUUAUGUUAGUGACAGCACUGGAGUGCAGCCUUUGGGUCACUUUCACUGACAAACAUUAACAGAUUCAAGUGUGAAAUGUGUUUUCCACCAUCUGUCUUACAGCUUUCUGAGGGCUUGUGAUAUAUUUUCCACUUCAUAGCUGUAGGUGUUGUUGUUUGAUGAAAAAUAUUAGCUUUGCACAUCAUGACA